AUGACCUCUGACCUUAAGGCGUCCCGCUCGCUGGACUCCAUUGGGCAGCGAGACACUCACCCGCUCCUGACUCUGCUCACAGACACUCACCCGCUCCUGACUCUGUUCACAGACACUCACCCGCUCCUGACUCUGCUCACAGACACUCACCCGCUCCUGACUCUGUUCACAGACACUCACCCGCUCCUGACUCUGCUCACAGACACUCACCCGCUCCUGACCCUGUUCACAGACACUCACCCGCUCCUGACUCUGCUCACAGACACUCACCCGCUCCUGACCCUGUACACUCACCCGCUCCUGACUCUGCUCACAGACACUCACCCGCUCCUGACUCUGUUCACAGACACUCACCCGCUCCUGACUCUGCUCACAGACACUCACCCGCUCCUGACCCUGUUCACAGACACUCACCCGCUCCUGACCCUGUUCACAGACACUCACCCGCUCCUGACCCUGUUCACAGACACUCACCCGCUCCUGACUCUGCUCACAGACACUCACCCGCUCCUGACUCUGUUCACAGACACUCACCCGCUCCUGACCCUACACUCACCCGCUCCUGACUCUGCUCACAGACACUCACCCGCUCCUGACCUGUUCACAGACACUCACGCUCCUACUCGUCACAGACACUCACCCGCUCCUGACCCUGUUCACAGACACUCACCCGCUCCUGACCUGUUCACAGACACUCACCCGCUCCUGACUCUGUUCACAGACACUCACCCGCUCCUGACCCUGUUCACAGACACUCCUGACCACACUCACCCGCUCCUGACCCUGUUCACAGACACUCACCCGCUCCUGACUCUGUUCACAGACACUCACCCGCUCCUGACUCUGCUCACAGACACUCACCCGCUCCUGACCUGUUCACAGACACUCACCGCUCCUGACUCUGCUCACAGACACUCACCCGCUCCUGACCCUGUUCACAGACACUCACCCGCUCCUGACUCUGCUCACAGACACUCACCCGCUCCUGACCUACACUCACCGACUCCUGACUCUGCUCACAGACACUCACCCGCUCCUGACCCUGUGCUCACAGACACUCACCCGCUCCUGACCCUGUUCACAGACACUCACCCGCUCCUGACCCUGUUCACAGACACUCACCCGCUCCUGACUCUGCUCACAGACACUCACCCGCUCCUGACCCUACACUCACCCGCUCCUGACUCUGCUCACAGACACUCACCCGCUCCUGACCCUGUGCUCACAGACACUCACCCGCUCCUGACUCUGCUCACAGACACUCACCCGCUCCUGACUCUGUUCACAGACACUCACCCGCUCCUGACUCUGCUCACAGACACUCACCCGCUCCUGACCCUGUUCACAGACACUCACCCGCUCCUGACCCUGUUCACAGACACUCACCCGCUCCUGACUCUGUUCACAGACACUCACCCGCUCCUGACCCUGUUCACAGACACUCACCCGCUCCUGACUCUGUUCACAGACACUCACCCGCUCCUGACCCUGUUCACAGACACUCACCCGCUCCUGACUCUGUUCACAGACACUCACCCGCUCCUGACCCUGUUCACAGACACUCACCCGCUCCUGACCCUGUUCACAGACACUCACCCGCUCCUGACUCUACACUCACCCGCUCCUGACUCUGUGCUCACAGACACUCACCCGCUCCUGACUGUGCUCACAGACACUCACCCGCUCCUGACUCUGCUCACAGACACUCACCCGCUCCUGACUCUGUUCACAGACACUCACCCGCUCCUGACCCUGUUCACAGACACUCACCCGCUCCUGACUCUACACUCACCCGCUCCUGACUCUGUGCUCACAGACACUCACCCGCUCCUGACUCUGUUCACAGACACUCACCCGCUCCUGACCCUGUUCACAGACACUCACCCGCUCCUGACUCUGUUCACAGACACUCACCCGCUCCUGACCCUACACUCACCCGCUCCUGACCCUGUGCUCACAGACACUCACCCGCUCCUGACUCUGUUCACAGACACUCACCCGCUCCUGACUCUGUUCACAGACACUCACCCGCUCCUGACCCUACACUCACCCGCUCCUGACUCUGUUCACAGACACUCACCCGCUCCUGACUCUGUGCUCACAGACACUCACCCGCUCCUGACUCUGUUCACAGACACUCACCCGCUCCUGACCCUGUUCACAGACACUCACCCGCUCCUGACCCUGUUCACAGACACUCACCCGCUCCUGACUCUACACUCACCCGCUCCUGACUCUGCUCAGAGACACUCACCCGCUCCUGACUGUGCUCACAGACACUCACCCGCUCCUGACUCUGUGCUCACAGACACUCACCCGCUCCUGACCCUGUUCACAGACACUCACCCGCUCCUGACUCUGUUCACAGACACUCACCCGCUCCUGACUCUGCUCACAGACACUCACCCGCUCCUGACCCUGUUCACAGACACUCACCCGCUCCUGACCCUACACUCACCCGCUCCUGACCCUGUUCACAGACACUCACCCGCUCCUGACUCUGCUCACAGACACUCACCCGCUCCUGACCCUGUUCACAGACACUCACCCGCUCCUGACCCUGUUCACAGACACUCACCCGCUCCUGACUCUGUGCUCACAGACACUCACCCGCUCCUGACCCUGUUCACAGACACUCACCCGCUCCUGACCCUGCUCACAGACACUCACCCGCUCCUGACUCUACACUCACCCGCUCCUGACCCUGUUCACAGACACUCACCCGCUCCUGACUCUGUGCUCACAGACACUCACCCGCUCCUGACCCUGUUCACAGACACUCACCCGCUCCUGACCCUGCUCACAGACACUCACCCGCUCCUGACUCUACACUCACCCGCUCCUGACCCUGUGCUCACAGACACUCACCCGCUCCUGACCCUGUUCACAGACACUCACCCGCUCCUGACUCUGUUCACAGACACUCACCCGCUCCUGACUCUGUUCACAGACACUCACCCGCUCCUGACUCUGCUCACAGACACUCACCCGCUCCUGACUCUGUUCACAGACACUCACCCGCUCCUGACUCUGCUCACAGACACUCACCCGCUCCUGACCCUGUUCACAGACACUCACCCGCUCCUGACUCUGUUCACAGACACUCACCCGCUCCUGACCCUGUUCACAGACACUCACCCGCUCCUGACUCUGUUCACAGACACUCACCCGCUCCUGACUCUGCUCACAGACACUCACCCGCUCCUGACCCUGUUCACAGACACUCACCCGCUCCUGACUCUGCUCACAGACACUCACCCGCUCCUGACCCUGUUCACAGACACUCACCCGCUCCUGACUCUGUUCACAGACACUCACCCGCUCCUGACUCUGCUCACAGACACUCACCCGCUCCUGACCCUGUUCACAGACACUCACCCGCUCCUGACUCUGUUCACAGACACUCACCCGCUCCUGACCCUGCUCACAGACACUCACCCGCUCCUGACCCUGUUCACAGACACUCACCCGCUCCUGACUCUGUUCACAGACACUCACCCGCUCCUGACCCUGUUCACAGACACUCACCCGCUCCUGACCCUGUUCACAGACACUCACCCGCUCCUGACUCUGCUCACAGACACUCACCCGCUCCUGACCCUGUUCACAGACACUCACCCGCUCCUGACCCUGUGUUCACAGACACUCACCCGCUCCUGA